GCACCUUGCUGAAGAUACUUGCUGGUCGAGCCGCGCCAGGUGAAGAUUCUGGACUGUCAGGCAUGGUCAUCUACAAUGAAAAGACAGCAUCUGAAGUUCAAAAUAGUCGCCUGAUUGCCUAUGUCUGUGGUCAGCUCAACAAGCACAUUCCCUUCCUCUCAGUCCGAGAAACUCGAGUUUGCAAGGGACUGCACGCAAGGUCUCCGGCCUGAGAAUUUCACACCACAAAUGCGAAAGUUCUUCGCCUAUGCACUCGUGGAAGGACAGGAUCCUUUCCUUGAAUAUGUCAUGCAGAUCCUUGACUUGAAGAAAAUAGAGAAUUUCCGUGUUAGUGGCAUAUCAGAUACUGACAGGGACAAGCUGACGAUAGCUGAGCUUGCAGUGGGGACGUACUCGGUCAUGGUCUAUGACCAGCCAUUGACAGGCUCAGAUCCAGCAAUGACCUAUGAUUUGGUGAACACUAUAAGGGCUGUCUGUAGAGUCCAACAAUCAUCUGCAGUCAUGGCCCUGAAUCACCUCUCUGAAGAAGCAUUUGACCUCUUCGACAGGAUAAUCCUUCUCGGAGAAGGGCAUCUGCUGUACCAAGGCCCAAGACAGGAUGCAGUCACAUACUUUGCUCAACUAGGGUAUAUGAAGCCUCCACAUGUGGAGUCCUGGGAGUUUCUCCAAGAUAUCGCUGCAGAAAAUGGCAUGCAGUACCAAUUGCCAAGGUCAAAUAUACAAGGCCUGGAGGAGCUUGUGGAAUGCUACUACUCAUCAGAUCAUUACCUGGAUGUUAUAAGAGUCAUUGGCAAGAGCAAAGAGUUCAUUACAUAUUGGGUUGAGAGCGAGCCAGGAAUUGGCUUAUCCUUGAAGGAAUCAACCACAUUCAACUCAAAUAAUGCUGAAAAUCAAGAAAUGGAAGUAGUUGUCACAAAACUUUUGAACAAAUCAAGAUAUAUUAGUGGGAUCGAAAGUUCAGGAAACAUCCAAGUUGGCGAUGUUGUGACGGGAAUUUCCAUAAAUGAAGAGCCGAUGCAGUAUCUGGCAACUGGGCCAAUAUUUGACCACAAGCAACGCCUAACUAAAGUUUUCUCAGCUCUACGUCACGCCCAAGGACAUAUCCGCCUUCAAUUUGAACGAUCUGACAAUAAGGGCAAUGAGGAUGAACCACGAUGGGAGCAAUUUCAGAGGCCAUAUGUGCAACCAUGGUCGAAAUCAACAAAAACCCUGAUCCAGAGACAGCUUAGGAUCUUGAAACAACUUCACGUGUUGAGCACACUUCGAGUCAUACAGGCAUGCAUUCUUGGUAUAUUUGCUGGGACACUGUUCUACAAGCUUGGAGGGCAGUAUAAUCUUCAACAUAUGAACUCUGUGAGAGCUCUUGGGUUUGUAAACACCAUGAGCAUUUUGCUCAUAAACAUGCCUCAGCUCCCUCUAUACAUGCUUCAGAGGCCCACAUUCUAUAAACAUAGGGACCGAAGAUUUUUCAGGACAUCCUCUUAUGUUGUUGCCCAUUGUGUCACAAAUCUGCCGCAGGCUUUUAUUGAGGCACUCCUUUAUUCAGUUUGUGUAUACUUUCUAGCGGGGCUGGCAAUGGGAAACAAUGGACUAGUGUUCCUCGACUACUUAUUUCAGAUGUUUCUUGUGGCUUACUUUGGAUCAUCGAUCUUCUUCUUUCUGAGUGCAGUGGCAUCCAUUCCUGAAAUAGCAAAUGCGUUGGCAGGCCUUAUAGUCUCCAUUUUCCUUCUGUUCAGUGGGUUUGUGAUCUACCCAUCUAAUAUCCCUCAAUACUGGAGGUGGCUAAUGCAGAUCAAUCCAAUUCGUUGGGCCAAUAUAUCCUUCUGCGAUCAACAGUUCUCAUAUGGUUACAAAGAAUCCUGCAUCAAAUAUCUGAACCAACUUACUUUCUGCAAGGCAAAUCCGGAGAUGGCUUCUGGCAAGGCUUACUUAAUCUAUGCUGAACUGGUAACAAGUGUUUCAGGAAAGCCUUAUGUCCCUUAUAUGAUUCUUAUUGGAUGGACGCUACUCGCUCUGCUAAUGGCAUUGAUGUUCCUAAAUAAUAUAGAGUUUUCACAAAUCAGUCAAUCUGUACCACAGAUUAAUGAAAGGAAAUUUUCAAAGAACUACUUACACGAUGUGGAAGUUUAUUCAAGCUCACUUCAUGGUUAUAUCGAAGAUUCUAUUGAAUCAGGCAGAUACAAAUCUCUGGAGCCACCAAAGUUAGCAUCUAGUUCCAAAAUAGUACUUUCUGAGGGUGAGAAUGGUAGUGUUGAGAGCUGGAGGGAAGAAUUCAGAGUUGAAGUUGAAUCAGAACACCUGACAAUACCAGUCACACCAAUCACUUUAACAUUCUUGGAUCUAUCAUUUGCUAGGAGUGGAAAAGUAACAAAGGAAGAAGGUAUAGAUUUUGAGAAUGUCAGUGGAUAUGCGAAACCAGGAACUAUGCUAGCUCUUGUAGGUGGUGCUAAUGGAAGUGCAGCUACACUUCUAAAGUGCCUUUCAGGCAGGAUACCUCCAGGUGGCAGUUUUACUGGAGAUAUCCGAGUCAAUAGCACCAAACCCUCCGCUGAUUUCUCAAGAAGUGUGGGCUAUGCUGAGCAGCUUGAUGCUCAUCAACCAUACCUCACCAUACGCGAGUCACUUCAAUUCAGUGCUAGCCUUAGACUAACAAAUGGCAUUAGCAAAACAAGAAGGCACAUACAUGUUGAAUUAGUUCUUGACCAGCUGGGCUUGCAGUACUAUGCCAACCACUUGGUUGGUUCCUUGAGAGACGGCACUGGGAAAACAUAUGAAGUAGCAAAGAAACUGACAAUUGCGGUUGAACUUGCAGCAAACCCAAGUAUUCUGUUCCUUGAGGAGCCUAUUUCAGGUCUUGAUUCAUCUGGAACCUCAGCAAUCUUGAGCAUCCUGUAACAGUUACCAGUUUCUGGUCAGUCAGUCAUCGCAACAGUUAGUCAUCCCAAUACCCGCGCACUUUCAUACUUCCAUCAAGUCAUCAUCCUAACUCAUGAAGGCUGUCAAGCUUACUUCGGUCCAGUAGGACUCAAUUGCCAUGAAAUACUCGGAUACUUUACUGCGAUCCCAAGGGUGCCUUCUUACGUUCAGACACAAAAUCCUAUUAGUUUCGUUAUGGGUGUAACUGGACAUGGGAUCCCAGGAAGAAGACUUGCCGUGACAGAUUUUGCGGAAGAGUUUCAAAAUAGUCAUUUGCAUGAGGUGGCCAUGAAGGUCAUUAACAACGCUACAGAGAACAACAAAAUUGGGAAAGAAAAGGACAGUAACAUGAUAUCCAUUAGUUACAACUAUCCAGCAUCAUUUAUAAGGCAAAUAGGGUUGGUUUUGUUGAGGACACAGAGGUUCUUAUGGCGGAAUGUGAACUACACUUACAGCAGGUUUACUGGUUGCGUAAUGAUUGGGUUACUGAUGGGCUCACUCUAUUUCAAGAUUAAGUAUGAAGACACAUAUGGGGUGACUUCUAGAUCACUGUACAUCUACAUGCAAACUAUACUCAUCGGGGUUAUAUCUGCUAACAAUGUGAUUCCUCAAAUUGGCACUGACAGGCUCGCCUACUUCAGAGAAAUGAGGUCUAAGAUGUACCUUCCGAUAUUCUACCCAGUGUCAUGGGUGAUCAGUGAAAUCCCCUACUUCCUCAUAGCAACGCUGGCAUUCGUUGGCAUUGGCAAUGGCAUGGCAAGGAUAGCAACCGAGACAGCCACUGAUUUCCUGGCCUAUUGGUCAGUUCUGUUCAUCUUCACUCUCUGCAUGACCUACUUUGGCAUGAUGAUCACAUUCCUAGCUCCAAGCCCGAUCUUCGCCGCGUUCCUUGUCUCCAUAAUCACGUCGCUGUGGGUCUCUGCCUCUGGCGUGGUGGUCCGCUUCUCAGACAUCAGGUUCUACAAGUGGAUGUACUGGACAAACCCGUUUCAAUAUGCGAUGAGCACGCUCACGACAAUAAGCUUCUACUGCGACACAUCCUCGUGCCAGAGACAGUGCUCGUGCCCACGGCUCCCUGACGGCUCAUACGUGUGGGACAGGAUAGCAAGCAUCAGGUCUUUGAGCCAAGAGAGGAUCUACGCGGAUGUGGUAACCCUAGCAGGGAUGUGCACCACAUUCGCGGUGCUUGCUCUCCUCUUCUUCAUCAUUCUGAAGCACAACUCACCGCACGCCCAUUAAAAACGAUUGAUCCACACAAAUCAGCAUUGUGGUCCACUACUGCAAACGUGUUCUUGUUCGUCACAUGGAGUUGGCUUUUGUGUUUUGCUGCUGCAAACAUAUUCCGUUUCACACAUUGUGUAGAGUGCCCUAGUGUCGUCAAAAUUCGAAAUGUUCUGCUUUCCUUGUGUCACUAUAUGUAUGAUGAGAUGUUACCACA